AUGGCGGAUCUACCCAGCCUUGCAUUCAUCAACUUCUUCGGGCCGCUUGGUACUGGUCUUCUUUCUUCAGACAUGGCAACCAUCAAGGCUAUCAAGGCUCGCCAGAUCUAUGAUUCCAGGGGCAACCCCACUGUUGAGGCUGAUGUCCACCUUUCGGAUGGCGCCUUCUACAGAGCCGCUGUGCCAAGUGGUGCAUCCACAGGCGUGUAUGAGGCGCUUGAGCUGCGCGAUGGCGGCUCUGACUGGAUGGGGAAGGGCGUGACUAAGGCGGUCUCCAACGUGAAUGACAUCAUCGCCCCCGCCCUGGUUGGCAAGGACCCUGUCAAGCAGCAGGAGAUUGAUGACUUCAUGGUGCAGGAGCUGGACGGAACCACCAACGAGUGGGGCUGGUGCAAGCAGAAGUUGGGUGCUAAUGCCAUCCUAGCUGUGUCUUUGGCUAUUGCUAAGGCCGGCGCUGGAGUGAAGAAGGUGCCACUGUACCAGCACCUGGCCGACCUGGCGGGCAACAAGCAGCUCGUCCUCCCGGUGCCCGCUUUCAACGUCAUCAACGGAGGCUCCCAUGCAGGAAACAAGCUGGCAAUGCAGGAGUUCAUGAUCCUGCCUAUCGGCGCUUCCUCCUUCAAGGAAGCCAUGAAGAUCGGGUCCGAGAUCUACCACAACCUGAAGUCUGUGAUCAAGAAGGCGUACGGGCAGGACGCGACCAACGUGGGCGACGAGGGCGGCUUCGCGCCCAAUAUCCAGGACAACAAGGAGGGCCUGGAGCUGCUCAAGACGGCCAUCGCCAAGGCCGGCUACACGGGCCUGGUCGAGAUCGGCAUGGAUGUCGCCGCCUCCGAGUUCUACGACGACAAGACCAAGCAGUACGACCUCAACUUCAAGGAGGAGAACAACGACGGCAGCAAGAAGCUGUCGGGCGACGCGCUGAUCGAUCUGUACAAGUCGUUCGUGGAUGAGUACCCCAUCUGCUCCAUCGAGGACCCCUUCGACCAGGACGACUUUGCGCACUACACCAAGUUCACGGCAGCCAUCGGGGAGAAGGUCCAGAUUGUGGGUGAUGACCUCCUGGUCACUAACCCCAAGCGCGUGGCCAAGGGCAUCGACGAGAAGAUGUGCAACGCGCUGCUGCUCAAGGUGAACCAGAUCGGCACGGUCACGGAGAGCAUCGAGGCCGUCAAGAUGUCCAAGAAGGCCGGCUGGGGCGUCAUGACCAGCCACCGCAGCGGAGAGACCGAGGACUCGUUCAUCGCGGACCUCGCCGUCGGUCUCGCCACCGGCCAGAUCAAGACCGGGGCCCCUUGCCGGUCUGAGCGCCUGUCAAAGUACAACCAGCUUUUGCGCAUUGAGGAGGAGUUGGGAGACAAGGCCGUGUAUGCAGGAAAGAGCUUCAGGGCACCCGUGGAGCCGUACUAGCUCUGAUAUCUAUGUCCGAGAGCAAGGCUUCAGGGUUUGCAGUUUUUGGCACGCCCGAUGAUAAUGACCAAGUUGUCCACUGUGUGACCUGUAUCUAGGGUGACAGUGAUAAUAUGGCAGCGUGAUUUUACAGACGGCCGGCAGCUGCUAGGAGCAUGUUGCUAGUUAGCUAAAAUGGGUACAGACGAUGCGCAGUAGUGUGCAUCGACUCCUUGAGGUUUUGUUCCCAUCUAUACCCAGGACUUCAGACGGUCGGAUCAUGACACCUUGCCUGUACGGGGUCCUUUACUUGGCAUGUUGGAGCUAAGUUGCUGCAAUACUCGUUCGACCAGUCAGAUCGAAACGUUGUACGUUGGCCGGAUGGACCAGCCUGGCUGUAGGUGAUGCAGACACUGACAUGGUACGCGGCGUGGUCAUAUGAUAUCCAUCAUGCAGUGUAUAGACUGACGUUCCUUACCGUACAUCACAG